AUGUCGGCAGGACUCGAGGCAUUCGCCUCUGAGGACGACCUGGCCUGGGCAGCGCCCGCAGAAGGUGGUGGCGAGGACCUGCCGCCCAUGGACCCCGCGCCGCAGGCCGAGGACGGCGACGCGGAGGACCUCCACGACCUCCUGAUCAGCAGGGACGGCGACGCGGACGAGGCGCCCGGCGAGGACGUCGGCGACCCUCCCCAGGAGCCGCAGGAGGCGGACCUGGGAGAGGAGAGCGGGUUGGGCUGGCUGCGCGACGACAGCGCGGGGCAGGCCGACGACGGCGAGCCGGCGGCCGAAGAGUCCGACCCGGCGUCGGAGCAGGUCGUUCGGGACGCGGCACCCGCGCCCCCGGGCGAGCCCGAGGAGGCGGAUGCACUCCCCGGGCUGGACGUCGGGGCGAACGACGCUGCGGAAGGCGACGGGGGCGUCGAGUCACCCGCCGCGCCGUCGCCGCCCGGCGCGCCCUCUUCGUCGGCCGCAGACCCGCCGUCCGACGCCCCGCCCGCUCAGGACGCGCGCAGCAGUCCAGAAGCUGCAAUGCAGCCGGACAGCGCUCCGGCAGAGCCCCAAGGCGCUGUCGAGGAGCCGGAUGGCGCCGCGGAGGAGCCGCGAGGUGCUGCAGGGGGGUCGGACGGCGUCGCGGAGGAGCCGAACGACAUUGCUGCUACAGGGGAGCCCGGCGCUGCGGAGGAGCCGGAAGACACCGCAGCUGCCCAGCCGCACGCGGAGCCGGCCGGCGCCGCGCCGUCGUCUGGGAAGCCUGGCGGCAGCUCGGCCGGCGGCGGCGACUCCCCCGCAAAGGAGGACGACAACCUCCUGGCGAUUCUGGGCUUCGGCAGCGGCAAGGCGCCCGCCGACAGCCCGCCCGCGGCCAGCGCGCCCCAAGCCAGCCCUGCUCCGGAGUCGCCGGCGAGACAGUCGCCGACUGCGCCCGCGCCCACUGCCAGCGAGUCGCCGCGGAUUGCGUCUGGCGCCCGGAAGGCGGGCAGCAAGGGCAGCAGCGGCAGGUCCAGCAGAGCAGCCGCGGCGGCGGCGGCGGCGGGCCACGGCGCGUCCCCGCGGCUGUCGGGCAAGUCGGGCCCCGGAGCACUGAACGCCGAGGCCUCGCAGUCGAGUGUCGGGACCUCGACGUUCUUCGGGGGCGCGGAGGACAUCACGGACAUCUACCGGACGCUGCGAUCGAGCGGCGGGUGGCAGCCGGUGCCGGAGCGCGCGCAGGGGACCGUGCGGAAGGGCAUGUCGCGCCUGGGCCUGCUGGGAAGCGCCCCCGCACCGGCGGCGCACGAGGCGGCGCUGCCGGAGAACAUCGAGCUGGACUCCGACAUCAUACCCUCGGACAAGGCGGAGUCGGAGAAGGAGAUACCGCGCGGCCUGGACAGCGCGCGGCGGCGCCGCAUGUACGCCGACGUGGGCAAGAGCCCGCACCGCCCGCACGAGCCGACAUUCGACAGUACGCAGUACAGUGAGCCCGUGGUGCUCACCUCCGACACGAGCCGCCGUCCCGCGAGCGCGAGAGUCAAGACCAAGAAGGCGAACGACGUUCUCAGGGGCAUCUCCAUGCCGUUCCUGCCGCACUUCACGCCCGGUCCCGGGGCGUACGAUGUCACGGGGCGGACGCGCUUCGGCAUGCCGUCGAAGGUGGCCACCAAGUUCACCACCAGCGGGCGCAUCCUGGACAAGGAGCUCUCGCAGUUCAACGAGAGCCCCGGCCCGAUCUACAAGCACACGCACCCGGAGGCCAUCGCGGUGCACCGCACGUGCCCGCGCUUUGCGUUCGGGUCCGACGCCAAGGGCGCGCGCUACUCGGUCAAGCGCACCGUCAUGUACAACCGGUUCUCCAACGGACCCAUGUACAACCCCGGACCCGCGUACGGACAGGACAUGGGCCGCACGGGCUCCAAGCUCCUCCACGGCCCGAGGUUCACCAUGCCCAAGUCCGCGCACACCGCCCCUCACGAGUCGGUCUCAGGCACCAGGUACCUCGGCCCGGGCCACGAGCGCGAGAACCUCGGAGUGCACUCCCCCGGCCCGGGGACGUACCAGGUGCCCGAGCGCCCGAACACGUCGCUGCACGAGGGCAGCGUGGCGUUCACGAUGCGGCCGAAGGGCCAGCCGCAGAUGGACGCGGACGUGGCCCGGCUGGCGAGCAGUUCGCCCGGUCCGAAGUACAUGCACCAGGUGCACUACAAGAAGCUGGACCGGCCGCUGGGGCAGAACGAGCGGCACCGGUACACGUUCGGGAAGGGCCAGCUGCGCGACCGGCCGUACGAGCGCCUGUCCGCGUCGGUGUACAUCUCGGAGCACCACUCGGCGGUGUCCAACUACGGGCUGCACUCCCCCGGGCCCAAGUACAACCCGGACAAGAGCCAGAGGGCCGUGCCGCCGCCGCACGUGCCCUCGCCGGCGUUCUCGAUGUCCGGACCCCUCGACCGCUUCUACACCAGGGCGCAGCCCGGGAGGAUGUGA